CGCCACUCUCUCAGUCGUCAUCUGAACGCGACCGGCACCACAAGUCACAAAUCAAAAUGAACGCCAAGGUGAUAACCACGCUGCUGGUCUUCUUCUUGGUCGGUCAAGUUCAAAGCUACAAGAUACUGUUUCUGGUUCCGUUUCCCGGUCCCAGCCACUGGCUGAUGCUGAAGCACUUUAUACGCGAGCUCACAGAAGUCCGUGGCCACGAGGUAACGUGCAUCACGAGCUUCAAGUUUGGCGAACCGCUGAGCCGGUACCAGGAAGUGUUGAUCGAGCCGGCUUAUCCGAUAAGGGAGAAGUUUCCGCUGUCGGCGAUCUUCAACACGGCAACCUACAGCAGUGACUACAACAAUCUGUUCUUGUACUGGAAGAUGGGGCUAGAUACUAGUCGUUUUGCGUUGGAAAGCCAGGCUGUUCAGCAGUUCAUCAAGCGAAAUGACCUUUCGUUUGACCUUGUGGUGUCCGAGCAGUUCUUCCAGGAGAGUUGGCUAAUGUUUGCGCACAAGUUCAAUGCUCCCAUCGUUACGAUCAGCACUUACGGCUAUUCGGACUUUAUGGAUCGAGCGAUGGGAAUCCUGACGCCAUGGUCUUUUGUUCCUCACAUGAUUCUGGAUUACGAGGAUGACAUGAACUUUCUCCAGAGGGCGUACAAUGUGCUGGUGUCGUCGGUUGAUUACGUGAUCCGAGAGUUGUACUAUCUCCCUCAACAAGAUAAGCUAGCGAAGGAGUUUUUCGGUGAUUUAGUACGUGAGCGUGGUCCGCUACCCAGCGUUCGAGAACUUGAAAAAUCAAUCUCAGUCAUUUUGAUCAACGCUCACCCUACGCUAACCAAACCUCGUCCUUCUACCGUUGGUUUAGUAAACAUUGCUGGAGCACAUAUUAGACACCCAAAGCCGCUUCCAGAAGACCUACAGCGUUUUAUGGAUGGCGCCGAACACGGUGUAAUCUACUUCUCCCUGGGAGCCUACCUUCAAAGCUCGGAAAUCCCUCCAGCAAAACGAGCAACCCUCCUCAAAGUAUUUUCCAACCUCAAGCAGCGAGUAAUCUGGAAAUUCGAAACGGACACCAUCGAAGAUGUACCCAAAAACGUAAUGAUCCGCAAAUGGGCACCGCAGAACGACAUCCUAGCGCACAAAAACGUCAUCCUCUUCAUCUCCCACGGGGGCCAGUUCGGCACCUUUGAAUCCAUGUAUCACGGAGUCCCAACGCUGUUUAUGCCCUUCUUUGGGGACCAACACCGGAACGCCCUCCGAGCGGUUCGCAGUGGCUACGCUGGCCACAUGAUGUUCCAGGACGUCACCGAGGAGUCAUUUGGGGCACGCAUUCGGCAGCUGAUCGAGGAUCGGACGUUCUACACCCGUGCCAAGGAGAUAUCCGCGCUGUUCCGGGAUACCAUCGUAGAACCCAUGAACGAGUCCAUCUACUGGAUGGAGUACGUAGUGAGGCAUAAGGGAGCGACACAUUUGAAGUCGAAGGCGGUAAACUUGUCGAUUGCGCAGUACCUGUCGCUUGAUGUACUCGGAGCUGUAAUGCUGGUCGUGGUGAUUUUCUUCGCGGGUGUUAAGGUUUGCUGCUGCGGUAAAGUGGGACGUAAAGUUAACAAGAAGAAGACGCAGUAAAUAUUUGGUUUGAAAUUUUAGGGGUUUUACAGAUUUGUCUUCAAUUUAGAGCAGACAAUUAAGACAAAAAAAUAAUCAAAACACGUUGGUUAAAAAAAAGUACGCUUCAAAUGAA